AAAUUACCCCUGCCAUCGUCAAUCUUGAUGUCACCCAUCAUCAUCAACGCUACGUAGGAGACAUUCAAACGUUUAAUCUAGAAUCGCAUACAUGGGUAGAAUGCAUUUAUGCAUACCAAGUGUUUGAUAAAUUGAUUCUAUGAACAUGGGAAAAAAGAUCUUCAUGUUGCCUGCCACCCAAGUUGAUUUGACCAAAGUGAAGUACGAUCCUGGAGAAAUCGAAGCUCCUGAUAUCACUGGAUUAUGGGCGUGGAUUUUUGUUAAGUUGCUUGAAAUGCCUUUAAUUGGUUCUGUGAUCCUUACUUACUUGAAGAAACAGAACAAAAUACAAGAGAUGUUAAGGGAGACUGUGAUACCAGAACCACCAAUGUUUCGGCCUGAGUUUCCUCAUCAAGGAAAACCAUUGUCAGCAUUGGAUGGUAUCUUCAUGGCAAUCAAGGAUGAUAUAGAUUGCUAUCCUCAUCCAUCUAAGGGUGGAACGACAUGGUUUCACGAGGUACACAGUGUCGAGAAGGAUGUAGUUUCAGUAUCAAGGUUACGGAGUUGUGGAGUGAUUUUGGUUGGGAAGGACAAUAUGCAUGAAAUGGGCCAAGGAACUACCGGAAAUAACUUAAACCAUGGAACCACUAGAAAUCCACAUAAUCCAGAGAGGUAUACAGGCGGAUCUUCAUCAGGACCAGCAGCCAUUGUAGCUUCUGGAAUAUGUUCAGCUGCAUUAGGAACAGAUGGAGGAGGUUCAAUCCGUAUUCCCUCUUCCCUUUGUGGUGUCGUGGGAUUAAAAACAACAUUCGGACGUACCAACAUCGAAGGAGCGUUAUGUGGUGGAAGGACUGUAGAAAUUUUAGGACCAAUUGCAUCCACUGUUGAGGAUAUCAUGCUGGUGUAUGCAGCAAUCUUAGGAGCCUCUCCUGCUGACCAAAUGAGCCUCAGACCGUGUAUCCCGUGUUUGCCUGAUCUAUCAUCACAUGAGAAUUCUAGAAUUCUGGGAUCAAUGCGGUUAGGAAAGUACAGCGAGUGGUUCAAUGAUGUCUUCUCACCUGAUAUCUCAACCAAAUGUGAAGAUGUUCUUAAUCUAUUAUCAGAAACUCAUGGAUGCAAAAUGGUAGAGGUCGUCAUACCUGAGCUUCACCAACUAAGAACAUGCCAUCUUGUUUCAAUUGGUUCCGAGUCAUUAGCCUCCCUAACGCCUCACUUCCACAAUGGUUAUGAUAAGAAACUUGCACCGGACACACGGACUAAUUUGGCCCUUUUUGGGUCAUUCACGGCUUCAGACUACGUUUGUGCGCAACGUCUCAGGCGCAGGCUGAUGUACUACCACAUGGAGAUUUUCAAGAUGGUUGAUGUUAUAGUUACUCCAACAACUGGCAUGACGGCUCCUAUAAUCCGCCCAAGCGCACUUAAAUCGGGUGAGACAAAUUUGAAGGUAACUGGUAAUUUGAUGCGUUUGACCUUAGCAGGGAAUGUUCUUGGACUUCCAGCUAUUUCUAUUCCUAUUGGUUAUGAUAAGCAAGGACUUCAUCUUUUAAGUUGA